GGGUCAGCAUCACCCCGAGUGGUACAGUUUCACGCGCUUGAAAUGCAGGGAACGCUUUUUAUCCUUUUCUGCUCUCUUUAGUUUUCAGUUCUGAGUUUAAUAUAAGAUACCCACAACUUUCUAAUUGUCUCUUUGCACUCGCAGCCUGUUUCUGGACGUUUUACUUUGCUUCGUGGACUGAUAACUAUUGUUCUUGAUUCGUUUGUUACUUACUACUCAAACUCUUCAAAUCAGCAUUACAAAUUGGCCAAUAUGAAUAACUCGGGCAUUGAAGCCAAAAUUGAAGAACGAAGUACGCACCUUCCAUGGUAUCAACUCACAGUUCCGUCUACGAAACUCGACGGAGCAAUUCGCGAGUUGCUCGAAGACUACGCGGGAUUCCCUUCUUCCGAAGUCGAACCUCACGUGUACAAUAUACGUAAUCGUGCCUGGAGUAUCUUCCCCUACCCUUGCAUAGGGGCAUUCCACUUCCUCGACAUCGUCAUAACAUCUUUCCCAUACUAUUCUACACUCCUCUCGCGGUUAGCUUCUCCAGAUACCAAGUUCCUCGAUCUUGGCUGUUGCUUUGGACAAGUUAUGCGACGACUUGUCUACGAUGGUGCUCUGGCAGAGAAUCUCUAUGGUUGCGACUUACGAACCGAGUUUUUUGAACUUGGGUAUGAUCUCUUUAAGGAUAAAGAUACUUUUAAUAGUACGCUCUUCAAAGCAGACAUAUUUGAUGAGGAUAAUGUGGAUCUGAAAAGGCUUGAGGGAGAUAUUGAUGUAAUCUAUGCCGGCAGUUUUCUCCAUUUGUAUGGAUGGGACGAUCAGGUGAAGAUAUGCAAGAUCUUGGCAAGAAUUAUGAAGAAAGAGGGAAGUGUGCUUAUGGGAAGGCAGGGUGGAGGCAGAGUUGCGAAAGAGGUAACAUUCCCCCUUCACGAAGAAAACAAGAUGUUUGUACAUAACGCAGAGAGCUUUCGAAAGAUGUGGGACGAGGUAAGCGAGACGACUGGCACAAAAUGGAAAGUAGAAUGUGAGGAGAUUCAACUACGCGAUGAUGAUUGGAAAGGGGCGGAAGGGAUGGUUUGGAUUCAAUUUACUAUCUUCAGAGAGUAGAUUGUAUUACCAGAAUUUGCAUCAAACAUCAAAGUAGACGUGAAAUCAGUUAUAAUUAGCAGUUAUUCACUUACGAGAUUGAAACCUGAUAUAAACAUGUAUACAAAAUCAGCAAACCAUUAUAGUUGAAUAACACUUGACUACA